AUGUCCGACUCAGAAACGGCGCCUGAAGCGCCACCACCUGGCUCUUCGCAACAGACCCUAACACAACUGGGAGUUGUGCAACACCCGCCUUUUGGCGCGAUGGCCGGGAUAAUGCCUCCUGGAAAACUAGUUACGACUGGGAAUGUGGCGGACAACUGGAAAGUAUGGAAACAAAUGUGGGGCAACUACAUGGUCAUUGCUCAACUCGAGCUGAAACCGCCGGCGUACAAAGUCGCAUUGUUUCUCCACUGUAUCGGUGUUGAUGCGUUAAAGAUUUUUAACGGCUUCCAAUUCGACACUCCAGACGAUAGACAUGAUCUGGCAAAGAUAAUACAAAAGUUCGACGAAUUCACCAUCGGCGAACUGAACGAAACCUUUGAAAGGUACACUUUCAACUCCAGAACUCAGCAGGAAAACGAAAGCAUUGAUGCUUAUGUCACCGCCCUUCGCACACUAGCGAAAACAUGCAAUUUUUGUGACUGCAUGCGUGAUUCGAUCAUUCGCGACAGGAUCGUCCUGGGCAUUCAAGAUCACCGCACUCGCAAACGGCUUCUACAAGAACGGAGUCUCACCCUGGCGAAGUGUAUCGAUCUUUGCAAGAGUUCUGAGGCAACAAAUUUGCAAUUGAAAACGAUCUCGGGCGCCCAGAACGAAGAUGUUCACGCUGUGCAAGAUAAACACCCGCCUUCCAGCCGCCGUGAUGACAAGUCUAGGAAAAGCCGCGCGGGGAAGACGAAGACCUGUAAAUUUUGUGGCAAAGCACAUCCUUUCGAAAAAGGAAAGUGUCCAGCGUGGGGCGCGAAAUGUACGAAGUGCGGUGGCAGAAAUCACUUCGCAACAACCUGCACUACUCCGACCAGAAAAGUGUACAACUUGAGAGAUGAAUCCUCCGAUGACAGCGACAUGGAGUACAUUACAAGCAUUGUUGCACGACCGGACAUGAUACACGCUGUUACACAAGAACAUGAUUACCCAAGAGUAAUCUACACUGAGAUGCUUGUGGGCAAGGCAGAAGUGAAAUUUCAAGUAGACAGCGGCGCCUCGGUGAAUGUCAUUCCCGCCGAUCUUGUGGCUGAUAAGAAGCUUGAGCCCACCACAAAGACACUACAAAUGUGGAACGACACAACACUAAAGCCACUGGGUUCCUGUCGAUUAAUUCUCCACAAUCCAAAGAAUAAGAAGAAGUUCUCGGUGGAAUUCCUUGUCGUUGAUAGACAACUGACCCCACUCAUUGGAGCAAAGGCAGCUCAACAGAUGGGCCUAAUUACUGUCAACACUCAAAACUUCACGAUCGCAAAACCACCUGAACGAUCAAGGGCAAAGGUUAAGAGCGUGCAGACGGCUGACGAAAUAGUAGCGACCUACCCAGAGGUGUUCCAAAGAGAGCUAGGAGCACUACCAGGAACAGUUCACCUUGAAGUCGAACAAGGCGCAACUCCCGUCGUCGCACCUCCACGCCGUGUCCCAACGUCACUCAAAGAGAAACUGAGGAAAGAACUGGAUCGACUACAGCAAUUGGAGGUCAUAGCUCCAAUCGAUGAACCCACUCCAUGGGUUAGCAGUCUUGCCGUGGCUGUGAAGAAAUCUGGAGCGCUGAGAAUCUGUAUCGACCCCAGGCCACUUAACACCGCCCUGAAGAGAGAACGAUAUCAACUUCCUGUACUUGAGGACAUACUCCCGGAGCUCUCAAAAGCAAAAGUAUUCUCGACAGUUGACCUCAAGUCGGGAUACUGGCACUGUGUCCUUGCCCCUGAGUCCAGCGUACUCACGACCUUCGCAACACCCUACGGAAGGUACAGAUGGAUUCGUUUGCCCUUCGGUCUCUCCGCCUCGUCCGAGAUUUUCCAGAAGCAUUUAACUCACGCAUUGGAAAGCUUACCUGGUAUUCUGUGCAUCGCGGACGACAUCCUCAUUUAUGGCACUGGAGAGACCGACGAAGAAGCCACUGCAAACCACGACAGGAGUCUCCGAGAUCUCCUACAAAGGUGCAAGAACCGCGGCAUUGUCCUUAACCCAGACAAGAUGAAGCUCAGGAUGAGCGAGGUAAAUUUCAUGGGGCAUCUCCUGACGAACAAGGGCCUGAAGCCUGAUCCUGCCAAAGUAGAGGCGAUCACAAAAUUGCCGAAACCACAAGAUGUGGAGGGCGUUCAGCGCCUCAACGGAUUUGUCAAUUAUCUAGCCAAGUUCCUUCCGAAACUGUCUGAAGUCAUGGAACCGAUUCGUCGCCUGACUCGGAAGGACGCUCCAUGGAACUGGUCUUCGGAACAAGACCAGGCGUUUGAAAACGUGCAGAGGCUAGUAACAGAAGCGCCUGUUCUACGUUACUACGACCCUUCCCUAGACCUCACCAUACAGUGUGAUGCGAGCCAGAGUGGCCUUGGUGCAGCAUUACUUCAGAACGGCAAGCCUAUAGAGUACGCAAGUCGUUCCCUUACCGACACAGAAACCCGGUAUGCUCAAAUAGAGAAAGAGAUGCUGGCGAUUGUCUUCUCUCUUGAGCGUUUCAACCAGUAUACAUUUGGUCGACAUGUACACAUCGAAAGUGAUCACAAGCCACUGGAGACGAUUCUACAGAAACCACUCGCUCGAGCGCCUCGACGCCUCCAGUUAAUGAUGAUGAGGUUACAGAAAUACGAUUUCACUGUGCACUAUGAGCGUGGCGAGAACAUGCAUUUGGCUGACAUGCUGUCAAGGGCUUACCUGCCCUACAACGGAAAAGAAGUAGAUGACUUCGAAUCAGUCAACAUGGUCCGUUAUCUACCCAUAUCUGACCAACGUUUAGACGAAAUAAGAGCAGAGACCCGGAAGGACCAGUGUCUGCGAGAGCUGUCAGAUACUAUUCUCGUAGGAUGGCCUGAGAAGAAGGAGCAUGCUCCAGCACUGAUACACCCUUACUUCAGUAUGCGCGACGAACUGACCGUACAAGAUGGGCUGAUUUUCAAAGGAAAUUCCGUUGUGAUACCAAAGAGCCUUCGCGCAGAUAUGAAGCUGAAGAUUCACUCGUCCCACCUUGGAAUAGAGGCGUGUCUGAGGCGUGCCCGUGAAUGUAUCUACUGGCCAGGCAUGUCUGCAGAAAUGAAGCACCACAUCUCCGCCUGUGAAAUAUGUAGAGAACUCGACAGCACCACGCACCCAAAAGAGACACUAAUGUCCCACGAGGUCCCAUCCCGUCCUUGGGAGAAGAUCGCCACAGACAUCUUUACUCUUGAUGGCAAAGACUACCUGGUCACCAUCGACUACUAUAGCAAUUUCUGGGAGGUGGACAGGUUGCCGAACACUAAAGCCAGCACCACCAUUCUGAAGCUAAAGAGUCACUUUGCUCGCUACGGUAUACCUGAUCAAGUGAUCAGUGACAAUGGACCACAGUUUACAAGUGACGAAUUCGCUGAAUUCUCCAGAAAAUGGGAUUUUGAGCACCUUACCAGUAGCCCUGGAAAUAGCAAAGCCAAUGGCAAGGCCGAGUCUGGGGUGAAGACAGUCAAGCGCAUUCUGAAGAAAUCAAUCAGGGCUGGAACCGACCCAUACCUCGCCGUACUCGACUAUAGAAACACGCCGACACAAGGGACGACGACCAGCCCAGCACAACGCCUGAUGAGCCGAAGGACCAAAACACUCCUUCCUACCACUCAAAGCCUACUACUACCCAGGACCAUAAACCUGGAAGUGGAAAAGAAAGAGCUGCGACAGCGCCAGCAGGCCCAAGCAAAGUACUACAACCGGUCCGCAAAGGAUUUACCCAGUUUGUCUGAAGGCGAUGUUGUUAGAAUGAAGCCAUUCAAACUUGGAGAUAACUCUUGGCGCAAGGCCAAAGUCACUGCAAGACUCGACGAGCGAUCAUACACCGUUGAGACGGACAACGGAGCAGUCUACCGCAGAAACCGACAGCACCUGCGGAAAACGUCUGAACCACCAGUUGAACCCACCAUCACAGCGCCAGAACCGGAUAUGGCCAGCACAGAUGAACAGGCGACCACAACCGCAGCGUCUACCCCUGACCAGAGCAAUGCUCCUCACGAGCCACACCCUGAAGAGGUGACUGUUCCGGAACAAUGUCGGAGGUCAGAGCGAGUCAGGAGGAGCCCAGCAUACCUCAAGGACUAUAUCCGUGACUAG